AUAGCGCGUUCAUUAGGCAUCAUCCUACGCCAUUAGGGUUCUUCGGCUGCCGGUAGUGUGUUCGGUUCGGUGUAGGAAGCAAUGGCUCCUCCGCAGCCGAACAGCGGUCUCUUUGUCGGGCUGAACAAAGGCCAUAUCGUCACCAAGCGGGAGCUGCUCCCUCGCCCUUCCAGCAGAAAAGGAAAGACGAGCAAACGAGUGCAUUUCGUGAGGAAUAUAAUCAGGGAGGUUGCAGGAUUUGCUCCUUAUGAGAAGAGGAUCACUGAGCUUCUUAAAGUUGGGAAGGACAAGCGUGCAUUGAAAGUGGCAAAGCGAAAGUUGGGCACGCACAAGCGAGCCAAGAAGAAGCGUGAGGAGAUGGCCAAUGUUCUCAGGAAAAUGAGGUCUGCUGGAGUUAGCGAUAAGAAGAAGUAAACGGGGGUUUAUGAUCUCAUGUCAUUGGCAGGAUCAGAUGCACUAAAAAUCGAAACUUUUUAGGAUGUGUUACUUCUGAAAUAUUUUGUAUUCCCUAUGCCUUUAACGCCAGGAUGUGUUAUUUCUGAAGAAGAAUAUUGAGGCUAUGGAUUCAUGGUUUAAAUAAAGUAGCAACUUUAGUUUUGAUAUUGAUUUA